UACAUUAAUGAUUAAACAUAAAAAUUAAAAAUUAACACAACACGCAUCUUGUCGGGUACUACUUUUUCAGAAAAAGCGAUGUUUGAUUCAUUCUCUCUCCAAAUUUCUUGCAACUCCUUUUGCGUACUCUUCUUUCCGUAACCAAACCAAACCAAGUUGUUUUGUGGAAUUUUUGUUGUUGAGAUAUGGGGAGGUUGUUUGUUGUUCAUCUUGAAGGGAGGAUCUAUAGCUGUAAACACUGUAGGACUCCUCUUGCUGUUUCUCAAGAUAUUGUUUCCAAGGCUUUCCAUUCCAGACACGGGAAAGCUUAUCUCUUUCGUAAGGUCGCGAAUGUUUCUGUUGGAGAAAAAGAGGACAGGCCUAUGAUCACUGGGAUGCAUACUGUGGCUGACAUUUUCUGUGUUGGUUGUGGAUCAGUCGUUGGUUGGACAUAUAUAACUGCUCAUGAAAAAAGCCAGAAAUACAAAGAAGGAAAAUCCGUUAUUGAACGGUUCAAAGUAUUAGGUCCUGAUGGCAGUAAUUAUUGGGCCAGCCAUGAAGCACAUGUUGGUGGAAGUGAUGCAGAUGAUGCUUAACCAUCCCCUCUUGACAAUUGAAUUGUACAUUCUUUAAAUCUUCCUUCUUCCCUUGUUCAAUGAAUGUGGAUUUAUAAAGGCAAUUUAGCAAAAUCAGCAUUUUGCCCAAAACAACAUUUGAAUUAUUGAUUCUGAUGUAAAAAAAAAAAAAACUAAUGUGCAAACUUCUAUUCAAUAAUGCAUUUCAUGUUAUUAUUUGUCUUUAA